GAGAAAGAGAGAGCGAGAGAGACAGAGAGAGAUAGAGAGAGAGAGAAGAUUUCAGCACCGGAGCUGUCCGCGGGCUCUUGGAGAAGUCUCCUUUCCUGCCGAGGGGGCGAGAAGCUGCACCCCAACUGCGAGGAGGAAGGAGGGGUAACACGACACCGCCGUUCGCUGCCGUCCAUCUCUUCUGCCCGGGGAGGGUGGUUUGGGCAGGGGGGGCAUCCUUCUUCCGACGGGGCCAAAUACGGCGGCGCGUGCUUCAAUCCAGCGGAGUCUUGCCACGCUGGACGGCCGGACUUAAGACAGGAGAAGGUCAACAACAACAACAACAACAACCAAAAAGUCUCCACACAACUCGAGGUUAUCAGCCGCCCUUUUUUUGACGACAUGGGGGUGCUCAUGUCAAAGAAGCAGCAGGUGGAGAAGGUGCAGAAAUGCAACGCCGUCGUCUCUGCCUUCCAGGCGGGCGUCAAGGAACGCCCUGCUCCACCCAAAACAGCAGACGACGAGGUGGAGGCCGGCGACGGCCCUGCUGAAUCCUCAUCCACGCCUGUCCAGAAGAACGAGGAGGAAGUGGAGGAGGAGGCGGGAACGGACAAUAACGCAGGCCCGUCGACCUCGGCGAGGGACGAGUGCAAGGUCAACCAGGAGAGUUGGUCGCGGUUACGUGACGGGAAAGGGGUGGAGCCUGAGGAUCUCGAGAAGAGCCACCAGCUCACGCCGCCGGCUUUCGUGCGGCCCAAAAGGGAAGCCGACGAUGACCAGCCUGUCGAGGUGGCGCUGCUGAAAAAAGAGCAGUCGCCGAACGAUGAGAUAUGCGACGUGUGUGAGGUGUGGACGGCCGACGACCUCUAUCCCUGCAGGAUCUGCACUCGGAUGUUCCACGACGGCUGCCUGAGGGAGCUGGGCUACCUGCGCGAAGAGGCCCUGCAGGAGAUGAGAGAUACGGCUCACACGGUCACCGGCUGGAGCUGCUACUACUGUGACAAUCUGAAUCUACUACUGACAGAGGAAGAGAUGUACAGCCUCAUGGAGACCUUCAAGCAGUGCAAGAUCAUCCCAGAGUCGUGCCUGGUGUCGGACGAGCUGCUGCAGUACCGGCACUUUGUAUCCAAGCAGCAGUUUGAUAAGGACCUGACUGAUGAGCAGGAGGAGGAAGUCCUCGGCCAGUUUGCAGCGAUGGACCCAGAGAAGAAAGGUCACAUCGAAUGGUCCGACUUCCUUUACUUCGAGUCGCUGGUGGUUUUGCGAAAGUUUCGCUCAGAGAACUCAAUGGUGCGCCUGUUGACGGCCAAGGAGAGGAACAACGCCCGGUCGGUGUUCCUGGGUCUGGACCUGGAUGAAGACGGCGUCAUCACCAGAGCAGAAUGCCGCCAGGCCCAGCAGUCCUGGUUCCACAAGCUCAACAAGGACUUGCAGUCUUGCAACGUGAGACUCAUGGGACUCUGCUCUCCUCUGAAUUGUGGCAUCAGCCACGUUGGCCCCAUGUGUGAGAGCAGUCCGGUCAGCUCCUGCAGUGAAAAGAGCAAGACUGAGGACAGCAGACCAGUGACCUGGGCUGACUUCCUAAAGGAGAGUGCCAUCUAUCUGUUGGCUGCACGACCCAAUAGUUCUGCCAUGCACAUCCGUGUGCCUCUAUAGUCCAGGAUCCUCCACUGCACCGCAUCAGAGAGAGAGAGAGAGAGAGAGAGAGAGAGAGAGAGAUUCCAUCAGAACUGGACGAAGCACUGAGACACAGCGGAUCAAGGCAUCGAUGGCACCUCUCCCUGCUCUGCGUCACCCCAAACCCCCACAACACCUGCAACACACAACCCGCUGAUUGACACGCCGCCGACAAUCGCGAGAGGUAAAAGGGACGGGGGAGAGGACGGGCCCAUUCGUUGAAAGGAGAGCACCCAGGAUGCUCACACUCGAUUAAAUGAGAAAUGCCAUUCUCUGAACGUAUAGCAAACUGGGAAUGAGAAGCUGAUAUUAUAUGAAGAACUACUAUUCACGCUGGUAAAAAAUUGUAUAUGCAUCAAAAUGAAGCUGUAUUUAUUCCUGUAUCCUCCGAUGUAUCCUGUUUAUCCCCAGCCUCAUCCAAGAGUCGAUGUUUUUACCAAGUACUAACCGUGAAAAAAAGGGGACGUGAACGUUAAUGGAAGCUAACUUUGACAAAGUGGGAACAUCUCGUAGCGUCCUGGUUAGCAUUGUGGGAUGUUGAUUGACAGCUGUCUGACAGGACUAUGGGAAGCUUUGUAAAAAAUAAAACACAGUAAUGUGAAAAUUGGGGUUGGCAUUCUAUGUUACAGGUUAUACAACAUUUUAAAAUGCACAUGAAAAGUGUCCGUAGAGUCACUGGAAACAUGCUGUAACCAGUUGAACUUCCUGUUUUGUUUAUGCCAUGUAAUGAGGGGCUUAUGUCCGCUAAGUAAAUAAAGUAUGGAUAAGACCUGAA